AGUUUUUCUGAGAUUUUCAUGACGACAUUUUCUCUUGAUAUACGAAAAUUUCGGUUUCCCGAUAAUUAUAAAAACAGAAAUAAUGGAAAAAGUAUGUUUACAACAUAGUUACCCAAUCAUAACGGCAGAAUCCUGGGAUCAUUAGAUUUGUUGAGAUGUGCAGUAGCAAUCACAUCGCUUCAGAUUUCAGAAAACAGGUCAUGUGCAGUUUUCUGAAAAUAGACCUGUGUUACGUGCGUAUUGUUACUGACUGCCGAACACAACUAUACACUUGAAUACUUGAUACUUACUAAUAACUUUGCGGAUCUGUGUAUUCCUAAAUAUAUAAUCUGCAUUUUCUGACACAAAGGAUGCUAUAUGGUUAUAUUAGCUCAAUAGUUUUAGCGGCCAAAUCCAUAUCAUUGGAAGUGAACGAUGGGCGUGCGGGGUUUGUUUACACUGAUAGACGACAACAAGGGCGUCCUCCUUACUGAUUUCAAACUUCACGACACUCGACUCAUCAUUGAUGGCUCAAAUCUGUAUCACUUCUUAUAUAACUUCUAUCAUGUGCCAGAAGAGUAUGGUGGUAACUAUGACAACUAUGCGAACAAGUGUAAAACCUUCUUCACCACACUCCGGGCGUGUAAGGUGGAGCCGUACGUUGUCCUGGACGGUGGUUAUGAUCCAGAUAACCGGAAAUGGAACACUGUGGUUCAACGUAAGACGUCCAGAAGAGAGCGCGCUGGUCUGAUAUGUGAGAAGGGUCCUGAAGCAACCGAGGAACAUGUCCUUCCGAUUCUAUGUGAAGAAACAUUCCGCCAUGUCCUGCGUGAGCUUCAGAUACCACACGUCACGUGUCCAUAUGAGGCAGACAGAGAAAUAGCAGUGUUGGCCAAUAAGUGGGACUGCCCAGUUCUAAGUAAUGAUAGCGAUUUCUUUAUUUUCCAGCUGAAAAGAGGUGUUAUACCAAUCCAACAUGGAGGUACAAUUUAUAUCGACAAGAAAUUGCGGCUACAUAACACAAACACGGGGCAAUCUACCUUGCUUGAACCGGAGACCAUCCCAACCGACCAGGAAUAUGUAUAUAUCUCUGUUAAGCUUUACGACUACCGUAGUUUAAUAGAGAGGAUCCAUGGUACCCGGGAGUUCUUACCAUUUUUGCUACAUUUAGUGGUAAUGACUAUGUAGAUAAAAGCAAUUUGAAGGAUUUCUACACAGCGAUAUGCAGGCAGUAUAAAGAUAAACCUCUUAACCUGCGGGCCAAGGCUCGAAUGACGUCAGUUGUACAUUGGUCAAUGGGCAUAAACUUGGAAGAAGACGCUGUUAAGUACGUUUUGGAACAUGUUGCAGACCUUCUUCCUGGUCAGAAAUCGGAACUACGAGGUGCCAUUCGGUACUCUAUAGAUAGUUACACAAACAUCGCAGAAUUCGCUACCAUGGAUGUGGCCAAAUUCUUCGUUUCAAACACAAGUGACCUAUCGAUUCUCGAUCUUGGAAGACAGAUUGAUUACGUCACUAAGCAUCCAUUGCCAGCUUGGUGUUCACAGAUGUUAAGAACCUGCGAAAUGGCGACUUUUCUGCAGAAUGUAGCUGUGAACCACAGAGUGAUUUUCGAUUGCCAGAUUGAAUACUUGGCUGAACCUUCAACGUAUGUUUGCUCAAGAUACAUCAGAAGUGUCCUGUAUGGCUUAACAACGUCAUUCAUCAGGCCAAAAUCUAAAGACCCUAAAGUCCAGACGAACACUGUAGUAGAUUUAAAAGGCACAAGGAAAAGUUGCAUCGAAGAAAGCGACAGACAGAAAGGCGACAGGAUGAAGGUCUACAUUAAGCCUACGACGGAGGUUUUUUACGGAUCUCAAUCGUUGAAAGUUCCAUCGUUACAAAAUGUCCCAGAUAUAUCCGUAGAGGAGAGGCAAAACAUCAUGUUUGGCACUUUAGGACUGAAUGCUGAAAUUACCGAAUCUUUAUCUGCUGAUCCGUGUACCACGUUCCUUAUAGGUGUACUACGCGUUUGGUGGACAAAUGCAGAACCGAAGGUUACAAAGAAUCAUUUGAGUGCCGCUAUUAUUGGUAUGAUUUUAUUGCACGCCCACUCCUUUAAGGUACUUAAAAGAAGCCCCGAGGCUAGUGAAACAAACAAACAACCAUGUUUGGUCCCAAGCAUCGUGGAAGCAAUUGAAGCUCAAGGUAACACUCGGGUAAAUCAGUUUGCUUGUAGAAUGGCUAUUCUUCGAAACACACCCACCGAUCAAGCAACAUGGGGCACCACAGAAACAAAGGCAAUUCACGGCUUCUCACAGUUACAGACCUGCUACCUGAGCGCUUUGUACCUGAAUCAGGCCCUGAUGUCUCCAGUUGACCUCCCCAGCCCUGGCGUUCUCUUCAGUUGUACGCUCAUGUACAACGUUUGCAAGAGUCUUGACACAUCGGCAAUCACUGAUUGUUCAGACAUGUUCCAUUUGGAAUCACCGCUGCAUGCUUUGUUUACGUUGUGGAAAACUGCUGUCAAAUCAAUCGUGCCUGAAGUACCUAAAGACGGUGCUGCCCGGGGCCAUAAGGCGGCUGACAAGAAAGUAAAAAUCAAGAGAUCUAAACACGGAAAAUAAUCAAGUGUACCCUGUGAGUACCAGCGUAUAGUCUUUUGCAAACACUCUACCAUCGACUCAAAGAACGGCCAUGAUAGGAGUUAUACACUGGCGAAAAAUCUCCUUGGACAAUUUAAAAGAAAACUUAAUGCUAGGAAUUUAAAUGAGUUAAAAGAACAACAGUUUUUAAAGUGGUUCGUUUUCGAAUAGUUUUCAUUAUAAUCAAGCUGUGUUUUGGGCGUUUCCCCUGUGCCAUUGAACGGCGUAUAUGUUUAUGCUUUCGACUACCUGUUUCUAUAGUUUGUCAUAUAAAUAUUGCAUGUUUUUCAAACUCGACAGUACGAUGGUGAAAACACGAUAGUUUAUAGCAUUAUCAACAUCGUACUGUCGUAUUGUCGCGUUUUCAUCAUCGCACCGUCGCGUUUUCAUCAUCGUACUGUCGCGUUUUCGCCAUCGUAGUUUCAUGAUUUCGCGUUUUCAUCAUCGUACUUUCGAGUAUCGCGUUUCAGAUCGUCAUUCAUCAGGCCAAAAUCUAAAGACCCUAAAGUCCAGACGAACACUGUAGUAGAUUUAAAAGGCACAAGGAAAAGUUGCAUCGAAGAAAGCGACAGACAGAAAGGCGACAGGAUGAAGGUCUACAUUAAGCCUACGACGGAGGUUUUUUACGGAUCUCAAUCGUUGAAAGUUCCAUCGUUACAAAAUGUCCCAGAUAUAUCCGUAGAGGAGAGGCAAAACAUCAUGUUUGGCACUUUAGGACUGAAUGCUGAAAUUACCGAAUCUUUAUCUGCUGAUCCGUGUACCACGUUCCUUAUAGGUGUACUACGCGUUUGGUGGACAAAUGCAGAACCGAAGGUUACAAAGAAUCAUUUGAGUGCCGCUAUUAUUGGUUCACGGCUUCUCACAGUUACAGACCUGCUACCUGAGCGCUUUGUACCUGAAUCAGGCCCUGAUGUCUCCAGUUGACCUCCCCAGCCCUGGCGUUCUCUUCAGUUAUACGCUCAUGUACAACGUUCGCAAGAGGCGGCUGACAAGAAAGUAAAAAUCAAGAGAUCUAAACACGGAAAAUAAUCAAGUGUACCCUGUGAGUACCAGCGUAUAGUCUUUUGCAAACACUCUACCAUCGACUCAAAGAACGGCCAUGAUAGGAGUUAUACACUGGCGAAAAAUCUCCUUGGACAAUUUAAAAGAAAACUUAAUGCUAGGAAUUUAAAUGAGUUAAAAGAACAACAGUUUUUAAAGUGGUUCGUUUUCGAAUAGUUUUCAUUAUAAUCAAGCUGUGUUUUGGGCGUUUCCCCUGUGCCAUUGAACGGCGUAUAUGUUUAUGCUUUCGACUACCUGUUUCUAUAGUUUGUCAUAUAAAUAUUGCAUGUUUUUCAAAUGUUUGUGACUUGAUAUGAUUCAUUUAUUGAUUUAUUGCUGUCACUUGUCUAACAAGAUCUGAAUUACAUUGAUCUUAUCAUGCCGCUUGACAACUGUAAUACUAUUGUUUUUGUAUUUCACGAAAUGUAGGAAAAUGCUUUAAAACUUCAUCACAAAAAUGCAAAGUUUUUUUCAGUAUUAUAUCUGGUAGAAUAAGUAACAAACAACUUACAUGUAUAUUACAAUUAAAUGCGAUACGAAUAGUUAUAUUUCACUGAUUAAAGGACAGAAUGUUUUUAACUGCAUGCGAUUUUGAAAAUGCCUUGGUUAAGAAGAAUGGACAUUAUCCAUAUAUUCAGUGAAAUUUAAUAAAAAAAGGUUUAUG